CCCCCAUUUGUCACGUCUACAAGCGAAAGACAGAGACCGUCACUCUGAGUGAGUAAACGGAACUCGCAGAGAGAGAGAGAGAGAGAGAGAGAGAGAAUGCAUUUGAGCGAGAAUGAAGGAAUCGAAGGAAACACCUUCGUGGUGACCGGUGGGCUCGGAUUCGUGGGGUCCGCGCUCUGCUUGGAGCUUGUGAGAAGAGGUGCUCGCCAGGUCCGAGCCUUUGACCUCCGCACCUCAUCCCCUUGGUCCCAGCAUCUCAUCAACCGUGGCGUCCACUGCAUCCAGGGGGAUGUUGUCCGAAAGAAGGAUGUUGAUAGAGCUCUGCGUGGUGCGGAUUGCGUUUUCCACCUGGCUUCAUACGGCAUGUCCGGGAAAGAAAUGCUACAAUUUGGUCGGGUCGAUGAGGUCAACAUAAAUGGAACCUGUCAUAUCUUGGACGCUUGCCUCGAGUAUGGGAUCAAAAGGCUUGUUUAUGUGAGCACGUACAACGUUGUAUUCGGGGGAAAGGAGAUUGUGAAUGGCAAUGAGGCCUUACCUUAUUUCCCAUUGGAUGAUCACGUUGAUCCAUAUGGACGUAGUAAAUCAAUUGCAGAACAGUUUGUUUUGAAGAACAAUGGUCGUCCUUUUAAGAAAAAGGACGGAAAUUGUCUUUAUACCUGUGCCAUUCGUCCAGCUGCUAUCUAUGGACCAGGUGAAGAAAGACACCUGCCAAGGAUAGUAUCCUUAGCAAAGUUAGGUCUGCUGCCAUUCAAAAUUGGUGAAGCAAGAGUAAAAACAGACUGGAUUUAUGUGGAUAACCUUGUACUUGCACUAAUAUUGGCAAGCAUGGGACUGUUGGAUGACAUCCCGGGGAAAGAAAGACAUCCUGUUGCUGCUGGUCAGCCAUACUUCGUAUCUGAUGGGUCUCCGGUGAACACUUUUGAAUUCCUCCAACCUCUGCUCAGAAGUUUGGAUUAUGACCUGCCAAAAGCUUCCUUGUCUGUUUCCCAUGCACUUCGGCUAGGGAAGAUUUUCUGGGCAGUCUAUACGAUAUUGUAUCCAUGGUUGCAUCGAUGGUGGCUUCCUCAGCCAUUGAUCCUUCCUGCUGAAGUAUACAAGGUUGGUGUUACCCAUUAUUUCUCCUUCCUUAAAGCAAAGGAGGAGCUUGGCUAUGUUCCAAUGGUUACUCCUCGAGAGGGCAUGUCUGCAACCAUAUCUUAUUGGCAAGAGAGAAAGAAGAAAACUCUUGAUGGGCCUUCCAUAUAUACGUGGCUAUUCUGUGUUAUUGGAAUGAGCACACUGUUCUGUGCUGCUUUCCUACCAGACAUAGGACCUGUGCCACUCUUCAGAGCUAUCAGUCUUACCUUCUUCCGGUCAAUGAGGACAGUAAGGUUGGUAUUUCUUCUCUCGGCAGCAGCACACGUCGGUGAGGCCAUAUACGCAUGGUACCUUGCAAAAAGGGUGGAUCCCGCAAAUUCUAGAGGGUGGUUUUGGCAGACUUUUGUACUAGGGAUCUUUUCAUUGCGUUUUCUGCUGAAGAGAGCUAGGAAAUAAAGAGCACUUUAAUUGUGUUAUCGUAUGGUUAUGGACAACAUCUUUAGUUUUAAACAUAAUAGAAACAAAUGUGAUCCUCU